AUGGAGACUAUAUCGCGGAUCUCGUCGAUGCUAGAAACAGCUCGAGAGCUCACGCUUGAAGCUGCUCAAUCUGCAAGCUCCGUCAGAAGUCUACGGCCCUCCUCCUACGCACCCCGCACCGCCUCAAUCUCGCAGAUUAAGAAGCUACUCGACAGCAGGAAUGAUCGGGAUAUCUUAGAUGGCCUCCGGAAGGUCAUUUCAUUGAUGUACAGGGCCGAACCGUGCCUUCCGUUCUUCUCUGCCGUCGUCAAGAACGUUGCAAACCCGAAUAUCGAAGUGAAGAAACUAGUAUAUAUAUAUCUACUGCACCAUGCGGAAUCGGAGCCGGAUCUGGCACUUCUGUCGAUUAAUGCAAUCCAGAAGUCCCUAACGGACCAGAACCCACAAGUUCGUGCUUUAGCACUACGGACGAUGUCGGGGAUAAAAGUACCUGUGAUCAGCCAGAUUGUUUCUCUCGCAAUUAAACGAGGAUGCGGCGAUAUGAGCCCUCAUGUCCGCAAAGCUGCUGCGCUAGCAAUCCCAAAAUGCUACCGCCUUGACCCAGGGACACUGCCACAGCUCAUCGAAUACCUUUCGGUUCUCCUUGGGGAUAACCAGUAUUUUGUGGUUGGGCCGGCCGUUGCUGCAUUUUUGGAGAUCUGCCCGGAUCAGAUUGAUCUCAUCCACAAGCACUACCGCAGUCUUGUGAAGAAACUUGUUGAUAUGGACGAGUGGGGUCAAUUGGUGACGUUGAGGCUUAUGGUCUUCUACGCUAGGAAGUGCUUCCCACAACGGAUACAAAAAGUAAAGAAGACGAACCCCAAAGGGUUCUACGAUGAAGACAACGGAGAAGACGAUGACGAUAACAAUCUUAGCGAGGAAGAAGUUGAAAUUAUUGACCCAGACCUCGACUUACUCCUGAAGGCUUGCAAACCAUUACUUCAGAGCCGGAAUUCUGCCGUUAUUGUGGCCGUUGUCCGUUGCUUCCGCUAUUUGGGAACGAUAGAGCAUUUAGAAUCUGCCACUGGACCAUUGAUUGCUUUACUCCGCAGUCCGCAAGACCUACAACAUGUCGCUUUAUACAACAUCAUCUCAGUCGCCCUUGUAUCUCCGAAGCCGUUUGUGAAAUAUGCGUCCCAUUUCCUUGUUCGAUCGACUGAUAUUUCUCAUAUUUGGCGUUUGAAGCUGGAAAUCCUUACCAUAUUAUUCCCCCACUGUGGUAUGCACUUUAAAGGUGUGAUUCUUAGCGAGCUGGAACAUUUUUCUAACGGGUCGGACCAUGACCUGGUACGUGAGAGUGUUCGGGCUAUUGGGAGAUGCGCCGAGGCUCAUAGUAGCUCUUCCACCCGCUGUCUCCAACUUCUCCUUCGCCAGAUCUCAAGUGCAGAUGACGUUUUGGUUUCAGAAGCAGUAACAGUCAUCCGGCAUCUUAUCCAACAGGACACUGCAUCUCAUCGAAAUACCGUGGUGAUGCUAGGAAACCAUCUUGGGACCACUAGCAGCCCCGGGGCUAGGGCGAGUAUCAUAUGGUUAGUAGGGGAAUUCGCCGGAAUCGAUGCAAACAACAACAUAGCUCCAGAUGUAUUACGCCUUCUAGCAAAAGGCUUUGCAGACGAGUCAGAGACAGCAAAGCAGCAAAUUUUGCUAUUAGGAGCAAAAGUAUAUCUCCAUCACCUCCUAAACGCCCCAGAGGCUUCAAGUGAACCCAAGGACAACACCUCGGAUCACUACCAAGGUGAUAACGACAAUGACAAUAAUGGGUUCGAUACAAAUGGCCAUGUUGCUGCACCAACAGAGGAAGAUGCUAUUACAACCCUUUGGCGAUACAUCCUCCUGCUAGCCCGAUAUGACACCUCAUAUGACCUCCGUGAUCGAGCUCGUCUCUAUAAAUCUCUUCUUGCUGUGCCUAGUUCAACGCAGCUUGCAAGCCUCCUACUCCUCGCGCCUAAACCCAUCCCGCAUACUUCCACACCUUCAGAGACAAGGAAGAACUUGCUCAUCGGAUCGUCAACCCUGGUAAUUGGGCCUGAAGCUGGAAUGUAUGGCUUGAAGGGGUACGAGGACCUUCCAGACUGGGUUAAACCCGGACAAGAACCCGAUCCAAAACUUCGAGAUGAUGAAUCCGGUAAACCAAGCGCAGGGUUUGGUGAGAAGAUCAACGCAACAGCCGGGGAACGGCUGGAUAAAGCACUUCAAGAACAUAAUGUUGCUUCUGGAAAAGGAACCGUCAAUGGAAGAAUAGGCAAUGUUCCCAAGAAUAUGUCUCUUGAUGAUUGGCUCGCAGAGGAGGAGGAAGAGGAUGAAUACGAGGAAGACGAAGAGGGCGAAACCGAAGAGGAAGAAGAGACAGAUGAAGACGAUGAAGAAGAGGAGGAAGAAGACGAGGAGGGAGAAAGCGAAUAUGAGACUGAUGAAUCCGGCGAAGAGGAGGAAGAGCCCAACCAUCAGUAUACUCAAUCGACAGCUGAAUCUGCCAAACUACUCAAGUAA